CUCAGCCGGACGGCCUGCUCUCCCGGAGCCGUGAUGGGGAUUUGAACGCACCUCUUCCGCACAGCCCGGCUCAGAGCGCAGCGGGCGGGUCCGCGUCACUUCAGCGCCCCGCUUUGGAUGUAACCGGAUCGAAUCGGACCUGCUCACUGACCCGCCACUCGGUCGCCUGGAGCUGGAGGCCGAGACCAGGACAGCGUGUGGCCGGGCUGCCGCUGCUGCUGUCGGCGGACUGUGGCCGCGAGCGGAGCCUGCAGGGACCCGCUACUCCCCCUGCUCCUCGCUCUGCUGCUGGACCCGGUCUGGGAUACGCGCAGACGGGAAUAAGUGGUUGGCGUUCCGGUACCGGGACUUGGAUGUGUGUUUCGCCCCGCAGGGGUCAGCGGGAGUCCGGGAGGAGAGACGGGGCCGAUGGCGCAACGGUAUGAAGAGCUAGCCCACUACGGGCUGGAGGGGGUGGGUGGGGUGUACGGAGACCCUCCCCACCACCACCACCACCACCACCACCCCCACGCCGCCGCAGCUGCACGCUCCCUGCAGGCCGUUCACCUGGCUGCUGCAGCCGCCGCCGCCCCCUACCCUCCACACCAGUACGCCCAGUCCACCCACAGCAGCAGCAGCAGCAGUAUGGCUGCCACAGCCGGGGACGCCGUCAAGAGGGACAAAGAUGCCAUUUACGGACACCCCUUAUUCCCUCUGCUUGCACUGAUCUUUGAGAAAUGUGAAUUGGCAACCUGCACGCCGAGGGAGAGCGGCGUGGCCGGGGGAGACGUCUGCUCCUCCGAUUCCUUCAGCGAGGACAUCGCCGUCUUCUCCAAACAGAUCCGAUCAGAGAAACCGUUAUUUUCAUCGAACCCAGAGCUGGAUAACUUGAUGAUUCAGGCGAUCCAGGUGCUGCGUUUCCACCUCCUGGAGCUGGAGAAGGUUCAUGAGCUUUGUGAUAACUUCUGCCAUCGAUACAUCAGCUGUCUGAAGGGGAAAAUGCCGAUCGAUCUGGUUAUAGAUGACAGAGACGGAAACAAAUCAGACAGCGAGGAGUUCAUCAGGUCAUCGGGGAACAACGUGGAUCAGACUUCGUGGAGCAGAGAUCACGAUGACUCGGCGUCGGUCAGGUCGGCUGGGACGCCGGGACCGGCCAGCGGAGGACACGCAUCUCACAGCGGCGACAACAGCAGCGAGCAAGGUGACUGCCUGGAUAAUGGCGUGGCGUCGCCCAGCACGGGCGAUGACGACGACCCCGACAGGGACAAAGUGCACAACAAGAAGAGAGGAAUCUUCCCCAAAGUGGCCACCAACAUCCUGCGAGCCUGGCUGUUCCAGCACCUGACGCACCCGUACCCGUCGGAGGAGCAGAAGAAGCAGCUGGCUCAGGACACCGGCCUCACCAUCCUGCAGGUCAACAACUGGUUCAUCAAUGCGAGGCGGCGGAUUGUUCAGCCAAUGAUCGAUCAGUCCAACAGAGCAGUGAGCCAAGCAGCACCAUACGGCCCAGAUGGUCAGCCAAUGGGAGGCUUCGUUGUGGAUGGACAGACACAUGUGGGAAUCAGACCACCCGGCCCGAUAGGUGGUGUAGGGAUGGGGAUGGGUGUGGAGGGACAGUGGCACUACAUGUAGCACCACCACCUCCACCCUGCAGCCAGAGGAGCCGCCCAGCAUCUCAGGAAACCACCGACUCUGAUCAGCUGGUCUGCAGACCUCCAUGGCUGGCGUGGAGCUGGACCCCACGCCUCUUCACCCAUCCUCCCCCUCAGCUCUCCACCCCUCUGGGCACCUAUGUGGCCCGAUGAGGAAACACCUGAGCUUGCCUUCUUUCUCAGCGGUGCUCUGGGGCUGCUCUGCAAACUAAAACUCAAAGAGAAUGUGAGGACAGACAGCGAUCCUGAAGGGAAAGACAAACAGCUGUUCACCAUGUGUCAUUUCCUGUGAUGUCAUUUCCCAGAAUGAACAGAUCUGAAGUUUGGUUUCCUCUCUGGACAUUUAGACACCAGCAGAAGCUCCAGCUGAUGAACUCAUGAAGCUGAUGUCUGCUCUUUGCAAACAGACUGAAGCUCUGCAGGACGGCGUCCGCUCUGUAAUGACUGUUUCAGAGGAGUGCGGCGCUCUCGCUCUCACACCGUGUGUGUUUGCCAGUUUUCGUAGACUUCUAUCUUUCCUCAAACCCCACAGACC